AUGGCUAUAGUACGGGCACUUCAGACACCGUCUGCGGGUGCUAGAGUUCGAUAUACUUAUCUCUCAUCAACUGUCCUUCCGACGAAACGCUUUCUCUCGUCGUCACCGCCUCUCCGACAAGCUACAUCCUCGCGGCACGCCUUUGCGUACGGCGCCAAUGAUGAAGUCGCACGUCUCGCAGCCAGUCGCCGUCGUCCAUUGACUCUUGCAGACCUGCUGAAACAUGGACGUCCGCCGUUGUGCAAAAAUGCCCUCCUUGCCUCGGCCAACUUCACCCUCUCCCUCCUCCCAGCUCGACUAGCAUCUCGCAUCGAAGCUCUCCGCAACCUCCCUUUUAUCGUUGUCUCGAACCCGCAUGUAUCGAAGAUUUACAACAACUACCUACACUCUUUAUCAACCCUCCUACCCUACCAGCAACGUCAGGUUACUACCCUCGAGGAAGAGAACCAAUUCGCCGAGGUACUCGCCGAUCUCGUUCACACCCACACCAAUACAAUCCCCAUUCUUGCCCGCGGCUUUCUCGAAUGUCGACGAUACAUCGAUCCCGUCGAGGUUACCAGGUUUCUGGACACGCAUCUGCGCGCCAGAAUCGGCACCCGGCUGAUCGCUGAGCAACAUUUGGCGCUGCACUUUGCCUCACAGCCCGUCAGUGACAUCCCUGUCGAAAAACGCGAAUCCAACAAGGACGCAGCACCAUCAAACUAUAUUGGAGUCAUCGACACAGCGCUGCAACCGUCCCGCAUCGUCAAAUCAUGCGAGGACUUUGUGGGCGAGAUCUGCGAGCUGAAGUACGGUGUCCGUCCCAGAUUGCAUAUCGGUGGACAACCGGACGCCUCCUUCGCGCAUGUCCCAGUCCACGUGGAGUAUAUUCUUACGGAACUGCUGAAGAAUGCAUUCCGGGCGGUGAUUGAAUCUGGGAAUGGAAGCGAACCGAUCGAGGUGACGAUUGCUGCGGCGCCCGACGUCCCUGCAAACACUGUUCAUGAUGCGCCUGGGAAGAAGGGUAAGCGGAGUCAUGGGCCGCAGUCAGAUUCUGAUGUUGGGUUCCAUAUGGAUACGGUAGUGGGGACGGCAGACGCAAACGAGUCUAUCAAGUGCUGGACGCCUUCCUCGCAGAGCAUCACGAUCCGAAUUCGAGACCGGGGAGGUGGUAUCCCGCCGGAGGUGCUGCCGAACAUCUGGUCGUAUAGUUUCACUACGUUCUCGGACUAUGAGAUGAACGGGUCGGAGAAUGGGAGUAUGGACGCGCUGAACACGAUCGCAGCGAGCGGGGGACAUCUGAGCAGCAUUGCCGGGCUUGGGUAUGGGCUGCCGCUGAGCCGGGCCUAUGCGGAGUAUUUUGGGGGGAGCAUUGCGGUGCAGAGUUUAUGGGGCUGGGGGACGGAUGUUUAUUUGACACUCCAGGGAGUUGGGAAGGUUGUCUGA